CAUUUUUCUUAAUAUACUUUUUCUUGAAAUGAUCGAACUUGUUCAUCCAAAAUAGGACUUCUUUCACCUAAAAUGUUAACUUGUUUAACGCCCCAAAAAUGCCGUCGACUCGAGAAAACAACUUUUUUGUCUUAGUGUACGACGACUACGGUAUUUGUUUGAAAACGCAUUACACUACUCUUGGCUUGUAUUUUCGGUGUUGAAGAAAUUGCGAUGCCUAAAUGACAAUUGUCUCCCUUCAUUGUACUUUCAAUUUUUCUCAAACUGCUAAACUGACAAUCAAGUCAUGACAGCGGAGUCGUCAAUAUUAUCGACAUCACGCUGCUGGCCUCAAGCGCCAUUCAAGAGGAGAGACGCCCGGACGCCCGUCCUCCCCCGCUGAAAACAGGCGGAGGGGCAGACACGUCCACGCCCUCUCUUCGGGGCGGUGGAAUGCGUGUGCUGGCCUGGCCUGAUAAAGCCUUGUGGGUGGAGCCAGAGUGGAGGGAGGACCGCGCCAGACAGCACUUGCGGACUCAAUCAGAUGAGUUUAGACAAAGACGUCUGCCGCUUCCAGGAGGGAAGCUGACGGGGACCGUACCAAGAAAAUCCAGAGGAAAAGGACGACGGGCGAGAGGGCCAUCUGAUUGCUCGCCAUGAGUUUGAGCGGCCCUCCGGAGAAGGGGGCGCACCAUCAGGUCUUGGACCUUUCCGAGGAGCUGCCGCCUCACCGUGGUCACGCUCACGGCAACCAGCAGCCGCAGGCCUCCGCUCCCGCGGAGGGAGCUGGCAGGGAGACGCCUUCGCGUGCGGCGGUGCCCCCCCCUUACUCCGCAGCUGAGGGCGGGGCGGGCGGCGAGGCCCCGCCGGAGCUGCGGGGCUCCCUCGACUGCUGGGCCUGCUCGGUGCUGGUGACUGCUCAGAACCUGGUCAUCGCCGCCGUCAACGCUUGCCUGGCCGGGCUGCUCUUCGGAAGCAUCCUGACGCCGGCCAUCGUCAUGGUGGUCUUUGGCUUCCUCUGCCACUCCACGGUGCGACCCCACGGGACGAGGCCGUACUGCUCCGACCUGCUGACGGACGGGGGCUGCGUGGCUCUGCUGGUGGUGGGCUUCCUCUUGGUGACCCCCCUUCUGGUGCUGGCGCUGGCCGCCUACUGCCGUCUGGCCAGGCACCUCCAGCUGGGCCUGUGCUUCAUCCCGUACAGCCGGGCCGUGUAUAAGAACCUGCCGGCCGCUCUGCACCGCGGGCUGGGGGGCUGCUGCGGAGGCCGGGACGGGGCGAGCGGCGGGGGGAGGGGAAAGGUCUGGGUAUAGAGAUGUCCUUGUUUUGUUGGGUUUACAAUAAAUAUGGGGAGUGAACAUGAA